CAGCCUGAGCAGGGAGCACGCAUGGACGACCGCUACAGGCCAGCUGAUGGGUACCGGACCCUGGACUCAGGAUACAGAGCCAUCAGCAGGAACCAGCUGGACCCAUACGCAGCACAGCCACAGGUGGGUCGUAUGGGCAGUGCGUUGGAGCUGUCUGGGAUGCCGAGGUUUGUCCCAGAGCCGUACGGUCUGGAGGAUGACCAGAGGAGUCUCGGAUAUGACGAGGCAGACUACGGCAUGGGACCGGCCAUCCACUACGGAACAGUACCACGCAACCAGCAAGCCUUCAACCACGGACCGCCCCGCAGAACAGGGAGCUAUGAAGGGACUCUGGACGGAGACAUGAGUGGAGCAGGGGACAUGUACAUUGGGAGGUGCACCCCUGGCCCAGGGAGAGAGGGGUAGC